UACAGGUGUUAGAGAUUAUGUCAUUCAUCUUUGAUUUUUAAGUGACCUGAUUAGUGAAAAAUUUGUGUUUGCAAAAUUGAACUUGUACCAUCAUGAAGAGUUUCAAAAGUUUGAACGUGAUCCUUGUGUUGUUGGGCUUGUGUUUGCGAUUAACGACUGCAAGGCCACAAGAUGUUAAGGUCGAGAUUCGACAUCCCGAGGAAUUAACUGAAGCUACAAUUGUUGGAGAAUCAAAGGUAUAUGGACUCAUCAGCAACGAAUCCGAGGGAAAGGAAGCCAAACUUGAGAAGGAAGAUUUCGACUCAAAGAUACUGUCCUUUUUCGAUAACAUUCAGAAGAAGGUGUCCGAUUUCACGAAGGUUGAUCCAGUGGUCGACAAAGCCAAACCGGAAGAUUACGAAAAGAACCCAAUUGAAGACUACGAGGGUCUUCGAAAUGGCAUCGUGCAAGUCGUUGAUUUUCUAGCUAAGCAACUGAACUCCGCACUUGAGGCCCCGCAAAAGUUGUACAAGAAAACUAACAAGGCGAUCACCAAAUCCCUCAACGAUCUUGGAAAUAAACUAGUCGGACUGGAGUGAACAGAAAGAGAGGCUGAAUUUAGUUUAUAAGGAGUAUAUUUCUUCAUCAUUUAUCAUUGUACAUGCAUUUUCACUUUUGUAAAUAUGGAAGCUACUUUGGAAUGCGUUCGUCAUUUCGCA